AUGGUCAGCAGCAUCCUGGAGAAUUUCCCAAACAACCAGUAUGUCUAUCUGGCGCAGAAGGACUACCGGUCGCUGGUGCGAGACGUGGUUGCCGCCGGCGUCAACGAGGCAUUGAAACCCGAUGAAUUUAUCGACGACGACCAGAUGGCCGAUAUGGUUUCGCGUGCGCUGCCGGCGUUCCUGUAUAAUACUACCGACACUGGCGUUAAUGUUUUUACGGAUGCCAUGUGGGCGGUGACUUACCGGGUGUGGAGCAGCGCCCCGAUCUCCAAGCGAAGCAUGCCAUCGCUCUGCUCGCUAACGGAAUGAAGUGGCUGAAAAAGGUCAUGGACGGCGAUGUGAACAGCACGGAUGCCGGUGGCAACGUGCAUUCGCGAAUGGUAAUGGACCUGCUGGACGAGUUAAAAUCAGGACGUGGUGUGGUGCAAUGGGACGGCGACCGCAUCGUAAUUAAGCCGAUGAGACUGUAUUGUCUGGAUUUGAAUGCGCUGACAGGUCAAGAAAAAUUCAGCACCUUGAGAGUCAGCAUCAACAGCAAUCGCGCAGACUACAUCACGGGACUGGUCGCAGCUUCCGGUGGUGGUGUUCAUGUCGAUGAUGCGCAAGAACUGCAAGCGUCGGCGGAUUCUUGCAUGAAUCGCACCAGUGCCGCCCUGGAUGCGGUUAGAUCCGGUUUAAGUACAAUGGAGUCCACAAUUCUGCACAGUAUCAGUCAGCUUCCGAGUUUGGUCAACUGCCCAGUCACAAUGUGCCCUGCAUGUGGUAACGAUAUUACACUGCACGGAAUCGUCAAGGAUGCGGACAAGCUCGUGGCUCUCAACAACGCGGCCAUAUCUGUAGUACUGAAGGACAGCAAUAACAACAAGGGUGACCGUGUCACAACCGUGGCAAGUUCGUCCGGCGAAUUCUACCUUAACCUACAGGAAAAGAACGCCAGCUACAGUAUCCUUUUCGAGAUGGAUGGAUACCAUCCACUGACCGUCCGCGAUGUGGACCAACUUGUCACGGUCAACCAUACCAAAUUUCUGCCUCCGCUGCUGUUCAUUCGUAAAAGCGUUAGCGAUGCGGGAGUCGCCAGCGGUAUGUUGUACCUCUUUCAGCACGGCGGCCUGUUCAACAUCACUGCCACCAUUGAUUUCCGGUCGGACGCAAAUAAUUUCUUUGGGCCUGUUGUGGCGAGUGUAUCGACAAGCGAAACCAAGCGUGAGUGGAGCCUCAGCUUGCCUACCGGUACCUAUACUGCCCUGGUCCGUGGCUUCCACUAUCAGACCGCGUGGUUCACGGUGACGGUAAUUGCGGGAAAGGAGACCAUCUGGGACUUCGAAGUCAUGCCCUUUAUGGAUUUCAACGAGAUUCGAAUCGUUCUGCGUGGUGGAAGCUUCCGUACAGCUAAGUUCUGUGCAGAAUGUUUGGAGUUGGUGGUCGUCGGGCCCACGACUGACACGGUAUGCCGUGCUGAGGUUAGCGCUGUUGGCGAGCACGGAUCUCCGGAUGGUUUCUUCAGGGUGGAUUACUCUGGCCUGCUGAUGGACAGUGCUAUCAUCAAGACACAGUUGUUAGGCGUCUACGAAAUCAAGGUGUACAACUGGCAUCAGCGAAAGAUCGAAGGCUGGGCGAUUGCCACUUCCAAUGCGAUGGUCCAAUUAUACCGUGGCCUUCGCCUGAUCGGCCAGUUCCACGUGCCGUACGCCUUCGGGCGCAGCUGGACCGUUGCGGAAAUCAGCGGAUCGCAGUUGAAAGUCGUCAACAAAGUGGUUGCUACAGCGCCAUAAUAAUUCUUGCUGCUGCUAUAAUUGUUUAGUGCGAAAUUUGCAUGCAUGAUACGCAGUUACAUAAAUAUGCAGCAUGCUGUUUUUUUUACGCAUUUCUUCAAGUUUAUCAAUUCGUAUCGCGGCUUCUCAGGGAAUCCCUGGCCACAAGUUGUCCUUUCCAUGUUUUUGUUGUUUGUUAAACAACUGCAAGUCGCAACAUAUAUUCCGCCGUCUUUAACUGAACACA